AUGGCAGCCGUCAGAGGUAAGCUUGUUGCCCUGGUAACGGGAGGUGGGCGCGGCAUCGGCCGUGCCUCGGCGGUCAGGUUUGCUGAGCUCGGGUACAGCUGUGAGUUGGUUGAUAUCGACGAGGAGAGCGCCAAGGAGACACUGGGCAUGCUCCAAACUCCGGGGAUCGCGGUCCAUAUGGACUUUACCAUGGCGACAAGCGUGGAAGCCAUGGUAACCACAGCGAUUCAGCGCUUCGGGCGGAUCGACUGCGCCUUUAACAGUGCCGGAAUGGGAACCAACAACCACAGAGUCGUAGACGCGCCUGAAGACGAGUUCGACCGCGUCAUGGGCGUGAACGCCAAGGGUGUGUGGCUGUGUAUGAAGUACAGAUGCUGCAGCAGGAGCCCGUCGUGA